AUGUCCUUUAAACAAAGAGAGCUAAAAGAGUUUCUAAAGAAGAAUAAGGUGGACUUGUUGGGCUGUUAUGAAACCAAAGUCAAACAAAAUAAAGCAAGUAAGGUCCAACAAUGUUUUGGCUCAGGAUGGACCUAUACUUGUAACUAUGGUUCGGCUGUAAAUGGGCGAAUUUGGGUAAUGUGGAAUGCAGGUGUGGAUGUCCUAAUCCUAAAGGAAUCCAGCCAAACUAUGCAUUGUAAAGUGAAAGACAGAAAUUCCAACUUCUCCAGCUUCGUCACGUUUGUUUAUGGUCUUCACACCUUAGCAGAUAGACUACCACUAUGGACUCAGUUGAGAGAAAUAAAUACUAUUGUCAGUGGCCCGUGGUUGGUAGUGGGUGACUUCAACAGCGUACUUACAGUAGAUGAUAGGAUCAACGGAGCACCUGUGCACCAAGGAGAACUUUUCGAUUUCCAAGACUGUGUGGAUGACUUAGGUUUGGGAAUUCUGAACAAAAGUGGCAGUACAUACUCUUGGAGUAAUAAAAGAGAUGCAGGUGAGAGGAUAUACAAUUUGAUAGACUGGGCUUUGGGUAAUGCAGCGUGGUUCCAGAAUUUUGGUGGCAUUGGGGCUUACUAUAUGCUGCCCCACUGCUCAGACCACACCUCAAUCUUAAUCAAUACUACCUUAAGUAGAUCUGUUGGCAAAGCGCCUUAUCGGCUGCUACUUGCACUGCUGCAACAAGAGCAAUUUAAACAAGCUGUUCAGCUUGUAUGGGCCAGGCAAAUCAGAGGAUACACUAUGUAUGCUGUAUGGAGGAAGCUUAAAUUGUUGGAGCUCUACACAAGAGGCAUGCACAGAGAAUUCUCAACUAUUGAAACAAAGCUGCUAGAACUUAAAGGGAGAUUGAGAGAAGUACAAGAGAAACUAAAUGCAGACCAUUUCAACCAGAUACUCAUAGAGGAGGAAAGAAAUAUAAAUGUACAGGUUGAAAAGUGGGACUCUAUACAGGAAAAAAAAUACUUCGACAGAAAUCUAGAGCUACAUGGAUCAAUCUCGGAGUUUAGAGAUUUCUUCCAAAAUUUACUUGGUGAAUCUGCUCCGCGAUUACCUGGUAUAGACAUCACUACUGCGAGAGAUGGACCAUGCCUGGCCCUGAGUCAACAACAGCAACUGAUAGUACCAGUUACCAGACAGGAAAUAAUUCAAGCUGUGAAUGAUCUACCAAACGACAAAGCACCUGGGAUAGAUGGGUAUCCAGCCAAAUUUUUUAAGCAAAACUGGGAGAUAGUAGGCGAGGAUAUCAUAAAUGCAGUUGGCCAAUUCUUUGUAUCAGGGAAACUACUGAAAGAGGUAAAUUGCACAACCGUCACAUAG